AUUGGUUACUACUCCUGCUGCCCCGAGCCCUAUCCGUCAAUGGUCAUCAACUUCUCCCUGGAACGUCGGUCCUUCUUCUACAUCUUUAACAUGGUGCUGCCAUGCAUCAUCCUGAUGGUUCUCAACUGGUUCGGGUUCUACAUCCCCCCGGACAGCGGGGAGCGCCUGGGCUUCUUCAUGACCAUCCUGCUGGCUCUCGUCGUCUUCCUGCAAGUUCUCUCAGACAUCUUGCCCAAAACGUCACGUGAGACUCCGCUUCUUGGAGUGUUCUUCGCUGCCACCAUCGGACUGGUCGGCUUCUCGUGCCUGGUCUCCAUCGUCAUCAUCAGGCUGUCCUGCAACAGCCCGCCGACCCGCCCCGUGCCCCGCUGGAUGCGGGUCACCCUCCUGCACGGCCUCUCCCGCCUCUUCUGCAUGAACAGCAUCUACCAGGAGGAUAACUCCAACAAAGUUACCCCCAGCGGCGGAGUGGCAGCGGACGACCUUGUGAUCGAGAGGGUGGUGAGCAAUGGCCAUGUCAUCAACGGAGAUGUGGACACCCCUUACGCUACCAGGGUCACCAACGGGCGGCGUGAGACGGGCAAUGACCAGUCAGUCC